AUGGCUGGUAGAGGUAAAAGGGUUAGAGAUACUAAUGACCUCAUGGAGCGCAUGGCUCAAAUUCCAGAGACCUUGGUGCAUAACCAGGGUGGAGAGUCGGCCGAAUACCGAGGGUUGUCUGCCUUCACUAGGCACGAUCCUCCAAAGUUUGAGGGAGGAUUCAACCUUGAGGGAGCCCAAAGGUGGUUGGCUAAUGCAGAGAAAGUCUUCAAUGCGAUGAGGUGCCGUGAGGAACACAAGGAUUUGAGGAAGCAGAAGGCCCGUAAAUUUCUUGAGUUGAAGCAAGGAAACAUGACAGUGAGGAAAUAUGCAACAAAAUUUCAAGAGUUGAUGAAGUACUGGGCUCACUACCAACAUGAGGAUAACUUGCCCAUUCUGGUGAGCAAAAGUAGAAUCUUUGAAGCUAACUCGAGGGACAAGUCAGUGGAUACUAGGGGAGCCGGUCCAGUGAGGCAAGAUAGAAGACCCUUUAGAUUCUCCAAGGGGCCAUACUCAGGCUCGAGUAAUUCUCAGUUUAGAGGGAGCUCAUCACAAGAGAAAAGUAGUGGGAGUGGCUCAGAAUCAGGCUCUUUCAGAGGACUAAUCAAGUGCUUUAGGUGUGGAGGGCCACACAUGGUGAGAGACUGCCCACAGCCAAAGAUAUGCUGCAGUAACUGUGGGAAAUUAGGGCACAUUGCUAAUGUGUGUUGGGCCACCAAGAGGAGUAGCAGUUCAAGUACAGCUCAGAGGUCAGAAUCCAGAGGGAGCAUAGGGCUGAGUACAGGGCCAAAGCUGAGCAUUCCAGAUAGAGUCUUUGCCAUGAGUGGAGUGGAGGCUUCGCAAUCUGAGGAACUGAUCUGA